AUGACCACCACCAUGUUUAGCCACAGGCGAAACAAGUCCACCCGCUCGUUGCUCGGACGUCGCAAGGACGAGGACCAACUGGCGAUUGGCGCUGGCGUCGGCCUCGGACUUGGAGACGGCUCCUCUCUCCCCAAGAGAAGUCCUUCCUCCACCUCGAUCAACAACAAUCAUAACAAUAACAAUAACAACAACAACAACAACCAGCACCGACACCAUUCCCAGAAACUAUCCACCGGCACUGCGGGCUUGAUUAGAUCCACUUCCCAUACAAGCAUCCGGCCUACGCGAGCAAUGUCCGGCCACGGCCAUACCCCAUCUAUACCAGGCGUGACGGCGUCGAUCGAAUCAUCAGUACGCAAGUUUCGCAUCUUUGAGGCAUUGCGAAGUGGUGACACAGCUGGCAUCUCCAAGGCGAUUCGGGAAUCGGAUAGUACACGAUACAGCACAUCGAGUGCGACUGGAUCAGGGUCGGGCUCUGGAUCUGGAUCAUUAGGGCUAGAAGACACGACUAUCCUACACCUGGCAAUACAAUGUGCCGAGCUCUCGGUGGUAGAGUAUGUCCUCUCGGACGGAGCGGGAACCAUCGACCUAAAUGCGCGGGACAAAGAGGGAAACACUGCUUUGCAUCUUGCUGCUGCACAAGGGCGGGGUCAGAUUGUGCGCCUGCUGCUGGAUCAGCCUGGAAUCAAUGACUCCAUUGCCAACUACCAAGGACGCUUCCCUCUGGACCUGGCUCGCACUCCGGACAUAUUCCAACAGCUGCAGUUAUCACGAUCGAUAUUUGUGGAUAGCAAGAUCAGGCAGGUUCAGGCUCUGGUUAGCCAGGGCGACUACAAGAGACUGAGCGAGGUCUUGGAAGAGCCCAGGGUCAAGAUGGUGUUGGAUAUCAAUGGCGGAGAGUUUGCGUCGGAUCCCACCAUCAUCCAAGCCGGAGGCACCUUACUACACGAGGCUGCGAGAUCGAAAAACGAAGAGCUUAUCAAAGUGUUGCUCUUCCACGGAGCCGAUCCCUUCCGACGCGAUCGCAGAGGAAAGCUUCCCCAGGAUAUCACCAAGGACGAUCACAUCAAAAGUGUACUACGGAAGUCUCCUGCAGCAGUUGCGGCUCAGCGAGGAAUACAAGAAAAGGCAGUUCUGGGAAAUGUUUCUCAGCAAGGCCUUGCCUCCAACCAGCCUGGUGAUGCUCUGGCCGGUAAGGAAGGGCGUGAGAUGAAGGGAUAUCUUAAGAAGUGGACCAACUACCGCAAGGGCUAUCAACUACGAUGGUUUGUCCUCGAGGACGGCGUCAUGAGCUACUACAAGCACCAGGACGAUUCUGGAUCGGCAUGUCGCGGAGCUAUCAACAUGAAAAUCGCGAGUCUCAAUAUGGAUCCUACUGAAAAGACCAAGUUCGACAUUAUUGGCAAAUCCUCUGUCAAGUACAAUCUGAAGGCUAAUCACGAGGUGGAAGCGAAGAGAUGGUUCUGGGCCCUCAACAACUCCAUCCAGUGGACCAAGGAUCAAGCCAAGGAAGAAGAGAGGCAGACGCAGAGGAAUGCCGAGCUUCUCAGACAGGCUAAGGCCGACCACUCGGGCUCUGGCUCUGGCUCGGGACGAGAUGCGUCUACUCUCGAGAUUAACAACAGUGAGGCGUUCAGUUUUACAGAUACCCGACGGGCCAGCACUCAGACGACCCAUCUAAUGCCUCAGUCGAGCGUUGGAAAGGUGGGAAGCAGCAACAAGGUCUCCUUCGCCAGCGGUCCCAGCGUCGGAGAUGAUGACGAAGGCCCCAACUAUGGUUCGUACGAGCCCAGUUACAUGGGCGACGUUCCCAAGGUCCCAAGCAUUGUUGGGCCCAACGGAGAUGAUGGCGAUGAUGAGGAUGAAUAUGGUGAAGGCUCCAGCGAUAGAGAAGCACCAGCCAGCAAAGACGCAUUCGAGAUCACCGCCCAAUCAGCACAGCUGCAGCUGGAUAUGAUUGGACAAGUCAAUGCUGCCUUCCAAGCCGAGCAAGUCAAGAAUCCGAACCUUCUCAUAUCCGAUCUCGUGGCAACGCAGGCUGUUCAAACCUUCGAUUCGUCGAUUCGGAAUCUGAAGGGGCUCGUGGGCGACUUGCUCAAGAUCUCGAAGGACAGAGAUGCUUACUGGCAAUACCGCCUGGACCGCGAAGCCGACAUGAGACGCAUGUGGGAGGAUAGCAUGGCACAGGUCGCUCGUGAGCAAGAAAUACUGGAGGCGAAGGUUGGCGAGUCGGAGGAGAAGCGCAAGAUGACGAAGCGAGCUCUUCGCGAAGCCAUUGAGUCUGGUAGUGUCGUGAUGGAAAGCCGACCCGAGAGUAGAGGCGAACUGCUGAAGGGGGAGGAGUUUGCUGAUGCCCUCGACAAAGUCCCUGUUGAUGCCGCUGGAAAAGCUGUGGUGCGCAGAUCCACUGUCCAAGACUCUUUGCGGCGAAAAUCCUUGCUGAUUGAUGCCGGCCAACUAUCUGAAACGGAUUCUGAGGAGGAAGAUGACGAAUUCUUUGAUGCUGUCGACGCCGGAGAGGUCCAAGCCGCCCCGAUGCUGCCACUCCGGAUUGCUAGCCCUGUACAAGAAGAGAAAUCCAAGGAUGAUCUGGUGCCAGAUGGAACCGUGGACAUCGCUUCCUCGUUCCGGGGAUACGAGAAUGGUGUCCGUACGAGGCUGAAGAUGGAAGUUGAUAAUAGGCCGAAGGUUUCUCUCUGGGGAAUCCUCAAGUCUAUGAUCGGCAAAGACAUGACCAAGAUGACGCUUCCCGUCUCGUUCAACGAACCCACAUCUCUGCUCCAACGGUGUGCUGAGGACAUGGAGUACGCUGACCUUCUCGAUAUUGCCGCCGACCGGACCGAGGCUACGGAGCGUAUGGUCUAUGUUGCCGCAUUUGCUGCCAGUGAGUACGCUUCCACCAUUGGCCGUGUCGCCAAACCAUUCAAUCCGUUGCUGGGUGAGACUUUCGAAUACGUACGACCGGAUAAGAACUACCGGUUCUUCAUCGAGCAAGUCAGCCAUCAUCCACCGAUUGGAGCUGCGUGGGCAGAAUCGCCAAGAUGGACUUACUAUGGAGAGUCUGCGGUCAAGUCCAAGUUCUACGGCAAAUCCUUUGAUAUCAACCCACUCGGUACCUGGUUCCUCAAGCUUCGGACGGCCGACGGCAAGGAAGAGAUGUACACGUGGAAGAAGGUCACAUCUUCCGUCAUUGGAAUCAUCACCGGAUCACCCACGAUUGACAAUUACGGUCCCAUGGAAAUUCAGAAUUGGACCACGGGGGAGACCUGUCUCGUUGACUUCAAGGCUCGCGGAUGGAAAGCUUCCAGUGCCUACCACAUCACUGGCAAAGUCAAUGAUGCCAAGGGUCAGACCUGCUUCAGUCUUGGUGGACGAUGGAACAACAAGAUCUAUGCCCGCUACACUCCUGGCUACGAGGCCACUGUUGAGGAGCCCAAGAAUGGAGGCUCGCGGCAGCGAGGCAGCGUCACCGACCCCAACCAGGUCUUCAUUGUAUGGGAGGCAAACCCGCGACCAACAGGCAUUCCAUUCAAUCUCACCCCGUUCGUCGUGACACUAAACGAUAUCAAUGACAAGCUCCAGCCUUGGCUCCCACCUACCGAUACCAGACUGCGUCCGGAUCAGCGUGCCAUGGAAGACGGCGAGUACGACUUUGCCGCCACCGAGAAGAACCGGGUCGAGGAGAAGCAGCGAGCCAAGCGGCGGGAACGUGAGCAGAAGGGCGAAGAGUUUGAGCCCCGUUGGUUCUGCAAAUCGAAGUGUCCGAUUACGGGUGAGGAGUUCUGGGAAUUCAGUGGCAAGUAUUGGAAGGAGAGAGAAAAGGCUGCGACAGGAGAAGCUUGGAGGAUGGUGGAGGAGAUCUUCUAG